AUGAAACAAUUUUACAUUUUACCUUUCCUUUCAUUUUUAGAGACAAUUUACUCGUAAUAUCUCUUCUCAAUCGAUUCUUUCUUUUAAACAAAAGAAAGAAUCUUAGCACUAAACGAAGAAAGUACAAACACUUUUGGGUUGGUUUUUGGAAUUUGGACUAAGUAUAAUCCCUUAAAUAAGAUAUCAUCAGGAGGAAUUAUUGGAAUGAUGGAUAGCAACUGUUUCCAUUACAUGAACUUUAUGAGGGAAUCUUCCGAAUAAUUAGAAAUAUUAUAUUAUGAUUGCCUUUACCCUGAAAGCUAAUCAAUUCAGAGGAUUCUAGCCUACAAUACUGCUGAUGGAUUCUAAGAUGUCCAUAAAGUGGAGAUUGAUCCAUUUGAGUAUGAGAAUGUUUGGUAUUUAUUUGAAUUACUUUAUAUGCCAUCCACUAAUAAACUUGAAGUAAUCAUGGUCAAAGAAGAUCAAUUUCUAUUGCAUAAAGUGUUAGAUGUGAAUAUUAUCAAAACAGAAAAUCUAAUCUUAACAGUUGGAAGCGGUCUUUUUGUACAAAAUUCAAACAUAGAAUCUAUAGAUGUUGGAUCAAAAUUUUCAUAUUUUCCAGGGCAAAUGAAAUUACUAAAAUUAAGUCAGAGUAUAGUUACAAAAUUAGAUUCUUAAAUAUUGGGAAAAGCAGUAUAUUGCAAAGAAAAUAGCUAAUAUUCACUAUUAGAUCAAGACAUAACUUGGUUGGAUACGAAGUUAUUCCUCUCUUAAAACAUAAACAUUAAUUCAUUUACAUUUUCUGGUUGGUAUAAAAUCAAACAAAUUCAUAAAAUUGAUGAUUAGUUUACUUAUUAAUUUUUGAGAAUAUCACCAAAUUUUGAAAAUAAACAAUUCUCUAAUCCUAAUUUAUCGCCCUUUUAGUUGAACUAUAAAAUAUCUUCUAAUAAUAAUAAAAUUUUAUAAAUUUCCUUCUAUUACAUCAGAUUUUACUAAUAUUAAAAUUUCAAAAGAGUUUGA